AUGCCAAAGGUCCGCGGGCGCGGGAGCGGCAUAUGUCGCUCCUUCGGUGAGGCCCCGGGUCCGACGGCUGGGCCAGCACAAAGCAGAGGCGCCGCGCCGAGGCCGAAAAGGGCGAUGCUCGUGCGAUGCCUGCGGGGCGCCCGGGGCGAGAGCAGCCGCUGGUGCGCUUGCGAGCAGCUCCCUGCCGACGACCUGCGUGCUAGUCUGGAGAAGCGCGCGGGGUCCUGGCGAGAACGGCAUGCCAUGCUUUCGCCGCCCCGACUGUAUGCAACGGGUCUCCAUUCCAGCCACGCAGUGUGCAAGGUCGACCACCUCGGAUGCCGAAUUGAACCUCCCAGGAGCUACGAGGGAGAAGAUCGGAAGGAGGCCGUGGUGGACGAAAAAGGAGGCCUAGAGAACACGGAGAAGGGCCGCGUCUGGCGAGGAGCCCGCUGUGGCACGGCAUCGUUGCGCGUCGUGCGAGCAGGGAACCUCGCCGCCGGAAGUAGCUCUGAGGCACUCCCGGGAGCUCACGGGACGCAGCUGACAUGCAUGCUCGAUUAG